UCUAAUAAAAAUAAUGGGCAAAAACUGAUUCAACUAAAUCCAGCUAUUUCAGAUUCUCUUUUCUGUAUUAAAGUUGGGUUCUUAUUUAUGUACCUUUUAAAAUCGCAUUCUAGAAUAGUGCAUCAGCCAUUGUGUUUAAAGUACUGAUUAUUGUUGAUAAAAUUGUCUAUUAUGCUCGCUUGCCAUUUGCGACAAGAGUCGCGAAAUUUAUUGGCGAUAGGAAAGAGACGUGGGCGUGUCUCAAAUAAGUCUUUCAUUUCGCGAGAUUGCAGCACGGUUGUACUUUCUCUAUCGAGGGCCCGUGUCGUGCGAUAAAACGUGCGUGCUCUGGUACCUGGAUUAAAUUGUGAAAAUAUAUGUGUUUGUGUAAAAGCGAGUACAUGCAUGUAUGUGAAUAUAAAAUUUGAUUAACGUGUAUGAUUUUGUUAUAUAUGUUGAGUAGGAAUGCUUUGAUUAUGUAAGCCUUUGUUGGCAUAACGCGAAUGCAUCGCGCCUUCAAAUCCUUUAGAGACUGAGUUUAUUUGAUUGUGAGCCUGGUCGCGUGCCGGACGCGCUCGGUAGGUCACGGUGACCGAAUCUCGGUCGGGGUUUCCACAAAAAGGAUUUUUUUACCUUUUACUUCAGCGGAUUCCUCAAAAAAGAUUCCGAGAAUAAUAAAGCAUGAGAAGAAGAUGCAGAAGAAAACGUGAAGAAGUGUUGAAGUGUUGAAGAUGAUGAUCAUGAAGAAGAUGGAGAACAAUUUUCAGAAGCUUAUAGAGAAGAAGAAGAAGAAGAGAAUGCACAAGAAAAUCAAGCAUCAGAAAUAGAUGACGAGUAAUACAAAGAAUAAUACCCAGAAGAAGAAACAAAGAAUAAAGUUGAAACAAAAGAUUAGAACAGUCCUAAUAAACAAGAAGAGGAUGAAGUUGUAAAGAGGUUGCAGCAGAAUAUUAAGAAGCUGAUAAAGAACAAGUGAAUGCAAAAGAAAUGGUAAAAUUAGAAGAUGAAGUACAAGAUAAGAAAGCAUAAGAAGAAGAAACAGAGGAUAGAGUGGACAAGGAAAAAGACAAGAAGAUUUAAAUAAAUCAGAAGAGGAUCAACAGGAACACAUGAAGAAUUUAAAGAUGAUGAUGAUUAUGAUGAUAAUGAGAAACAGGAUGCAGAAGAAAUAUUGAAGUAAGAAGAUAAUGAAGAGGAGGACAAAUAAAGCUAGGAAGAAUUGAAGAGGACAAUGGCGAUCAUGAAGAUGUAGAAAAUUGUUCAGAAGCUUAUAGAGAAGAAGUAAAAAAGAGUUUGCAGAAGAAAAGUUUGCAUUAGAAAUACAUAAGGUGCAAUAGAAAGAACAUCCAGAAGAUUAGGACAAUUUUAAUAAACAAGAAGAGGAUGAAGAAGAAUGUACAAAGAAUUGGAAGAAGAUGUUUUUGAAAAGAUGAUGUAGAAUAGAAGGUGAAAUAACGAGAAGAUGAAAUACAAUAUAAGACAGUAUAGGAAGAAGAAACGGACAUUGAAACAUAAUUUGAAAAUGAUGAUAGGAAGCAAUUGUGGAAUAAAAAUAUGUGGAAGAGCUGAGAAAGUAAGGAUAAGAUGAAUGGAAAAUAAUGAUAGAGAUCAUAAAGAAGAUGGAGAACAAUGAUCUGAGGCUUAUAGAGAAGAAGAAGAGGAUGCAGAAGAAAAAUUUGCAUUAGUAAUACAUGAAGUACAAUACAAAGAAGAAUAUUCAGAAGAAUCAUCGGAGGAUAACUUUGAAACAGAAGAUAAGAACAAUUUCAAUAAACAAGAGGAAGAUAAAGAACGCAGAAAAAAUUAGAAGAAGAUGAUAAUGUUGAAGAGAAGAUGCAAUAGAAUGUUAAGAAGCUGAUAAAGAACAUGUGGAUGCAGAAGGAAAGGUGAAAUAAGUAGUAUCAAGUAGUUAAGUAUCAAGGUGAAAUAAGUAGUAGAAGUACAAGAUAAGAAUGCAUAUGAAGAAGAAACAGAGGAUUAAGUUAACAAGGUAAAAGACCAAGAAAAUUAAAAUAAAUGAGAAGAGGAUCGACAGGAACGCACGAUGAAUUUAAAGAUGAUGAUGAUGAUGUUGAUAAUAAACAUGAUGCAGAAGAAAAAGUCGAGUUAGAAGAUGAUGAAGAGCAGGUCAAAUAAGGAUAGGGUUAAUUGAAGUUAAUGAUAGCGAUCAUAAAUAAGAAGGAGAACAAUGUUCAGAAGCUUAUAGAGAAGAAGAAGAUACAGAAGAAAAAUUUUCGUCAGAAAUACAUAAAGCACAAUAGAGAGAAGAAUAUCCAGAAGAAGAAACAGACGAUAAACUUGAAAGAAAAGAUUAGGAAAAUUUUAAUAAAAAAGAAGACGAUGAGAAUAAUGCACACAGAAUUAAAAGAAGAUGAUGAAGUUGUAAAGAAGAUGCUGUAGCCUAUUAAGAAGCUAAUAAAGAACAAGUGAAUGCAGAAGAAAAGGUGAAUCUGAGAAUAAAAUUGGAAUAGAAGUUGAGUAGACAAAUUAUAAUGAAGAAAAAGUUUAAGAAAAAGAUGAUCAGAAGAAAGUAGAAGAUGCAGAGGAAUAGAUUCUCUAAGAAGAAGAUGCAGUAAAAGGAAAUGUGAAACAUGAACGAGAAGAAGAAAAGGAAGAAUAAAUAGAGAAAAGGUAGCAAAGAAAGAAGCCGACUAAGAAAAGUUGAAUGCAGAAGAGUAUGAAGAAGGAAACUGAUGAAAAGAAGAUGAAGAAGCUGAUCAAGAACAAGUAGAUGCUGUAGAAAAUAUGAAAUAAGAAUAUUAAGCCUACAACUAUUAAAAUUAAUAAGUAGCGGAUUAACCAGAAUAUACGAAUAAUUUGAGGAUGAUGAUUGUGAGAAAGAGGAUGCAGAAGAAACGCUGGAAUAAGAAGAUAAAGAAGAGCAGGAGAAAUAAGAAUUGGAAGGAAAAUCUGAGAAUAAAAUUACAAUGGCGAGGCACAGCACUACACUAGCAGCACAAAUACCUGCGCUACCCCCGACGUCGACAGUAGCGAUAGCGAAUACGGUGCAAAUCGAAUGUGCAAGUGAUUCGAUAAUUGUGCACAUAUCAACGGAGGGUAAUACUGAUUUCCAUGGUCUGGUUUACCCCAGGGGGUUGUCUAAGAAUAGCUCCUGCCUUCAUGAGUAUAGAAACCAGCCAGCCCCCAUUACCUACACCCUGCCUCUCAGGUCCUGCAACACCAUGCCCACUGAACUGGAGGACGGUGGGAUCGAAUAUUUUAACACGAUAGUGGUGCAGCCACACCUGAAACUUGUCACGAAUCAGGGCAGAGGUUUUCACGUUAGAUGCCGCUAUCAGACUCGAGACAAAGUCAUUACGAACGACCAGGCUCAAACCGCCAUGCUCCAAUCACUGCCCCAGCAGUCGAUGACGCCCAUGCCAGGGUGCACGAUGAAGAUUUUCAACGGCGAUCCAACGAGGCAUCGGGUCGCAGAAAACGUAAAAAUCGGGGAUCCCCUGACUUUAGUUAUAAGCAUCGACAAGCAAGAUUUGUUUGGACUCAGAAUUUCGGACUGUUUGGUUCGAGAUGGCCUCGGAUGGGGUGAACAACGUCUCAUUAAUUAUAACGGAUGUCCUGUUGAUGGUGAAAUCAUGGGACAAUUCACAUAUAGUGAGGACAAGACGGAAGCCAAAGUCAAUUUCCAAGCUCACAAAUUUCCCUACACAGCCAGCGUCUAUUAUCAGUGCAAUGUGCGACUUUGUGUUAAAGAAGGCGGCGGUUGCUCCCAUACGCCGCCAUUGUGCAACGAAGUAAAAAGAAGACGCAGGGAUUCGAGCUCGGAAGAAAAGAAGGCAGCCGAGGGGAUAGAUGGUGGCACGCCAGCCACGAUAGAAGUCUACAGUGGACUUUACGUGAACGAGGCUUCUGACCUGGGAUCCAAAUCAGACUUCGCAGAUGUCUUCAGAGAAAGGGCGUUCGAUGAUCCGAACAGUAUCUGCAUUUCACCGAAGACCUUCACGAUCACGGUGAUCAUAGCGAGUCUAAUCUUGAUGUUGUCCGUAGCGGCAGCAAUUUUCCUCGUCUUAGCGAAGAAGCGGCACAAGAGCGUCUCGACUACGGGCUCUUCCAUAUACAGCGGCCCCUACACGAACACCGCCUACAGCCACAGCAGUUAAAUCCUCAAAUAUCGUAUUAUUUAUGUACGACUUUAAAUAAUUAAUUAAAUAAUUAAACCCGACUUCUCCACUCCAGAGCGAGCGAUCAGAGAAGUUCGAUAUCCACUCACACAAAGAAUUUAUUAAAGAAAUAUUUUUUGUGUGAGUGGAUGACAAGAGAAUCUAAUAAAUCGAGACUUUCAAGAUAUGGGAUUUGAGAACGAUGGAAAAUUUUUGCGUGAAAACUUCUUUUUCAAAAUUCUCAGAUUUUUCUUUGA